AUGGCGACAUCCAUGCUUACGACUAAUCCGGACACGAGCUUCCAAGCAACGUCGAUGCUGUCGACAAUGCAGAGUAGGCGCAGGGGCUCAAGGAGACCGUCGACCACCGAGACGUCUUACGCAGUCGACGACUACUUUUCGGACGACGACUACGGAACUUCGCGGACAGGGCAAUCUCACGGACCACGCGUGCUUAUCGUGGAAGAGCGUCCGGCCGUCGUGUCGCCGUGGUCGGCGCUGAUGUGGCGUUGCGUGUGCACGUGUGCUCUGCUCCUGCUGCUGCUGUUUCUCAUCUCCUCGGUCAUGCUAUGGGCGUCCAGGGAAGCGGACGCUCGGCGCGGUAAAAAGCCCGGAAUCUCGAUACGUUUACCCUUGCCCAGUGUUUUGUCCAACAAGACCAGCGUGGCGGCCGCUACCUCAUCAUCCACCGCUGCAACCCCGAUGUCGCCGCCGACUCCAGCGCCGACUUCGCCGACUUCUCCGCCGACGCCUCCGCCGACCCCGUUGAUUCCACCGCCGAUUCCACAGCCGACUCCGCCGACCCCGCCGCCGACUCCGCUGACUCCGCCGCCGAUUCCGCCGACUCCGCCGCCGCCACCAACGACAACGCCUACCACUCCUACCACUACCACCACAACUACAACCACUACAACUACUACCACUACGACUACAACCACUACUACCACUACCACCACAACUACAACCACUACAACUACUACCACUACGACUACAACCACUACUACCACUACCACCACAACUACAACCACUACAACUACUACCACUACGACUACAACCACUACUACCACUACCACCACAACUACAACCACUACAACUACUACCACUACUACUACUACGACGACGACCACAACCACCACAACAACCACUACUACUACAACGACCACGACAACUACGACUACUACAACUACCACAACCACUACAACGACCACUACCACAACUACAACCACCACUACCACCACCACUACUACAACUACAACUAGUACUACUACGACGACGACUACUACUACAGUGCGCCCAUAUGACUGCAGAUACGAUGCCGGUAUCUAUGACCUGUGCGUCAAGUCCAAUGCUGGAUACUACUACAUAAUGGAGGAAGAGAAGUGCCGGCACACAAGCAAAGAUGACCAUUAUUUUUGCUUAGAUUCAAUGAACAGACAUUCCAGCGAAAACAUCUGCAAUUUCAAGUGCGUGGAGAACAGAGAGCACGACUACUGCGACGUGUUACCACGUUUUUUCGAGUGCACCGACAUGUACAUUAAGAAACCCUGGUGGUUCUUCAAGGAAGACGAAGGCCGGUGAGUUUGUCUUCAUAGCAUCAGAGCACUGGAAUAUUGACCAGUGAUUCAAUUAAAUAAAGAUAAACUUUUUGAAGAUUUGUAAGAAAUAGUAUUAAUGUUGGUUUUUGCAUAAAUAAUAGCAACAUUGAAGAAUACAGUAUACCGAAUCCGUGGAAACGUUUCGC